GUAAUUAAAGGGUUCAGUCGAUAUAACUUGCCCCUGCUAGUAUUUAAAUACAGACCGUCAGAUAAUUUUUGACACGAAUUGAUCUAACCAUUAUAGAAAAUUCUAGUCUAAAAUUCAUCAUCAUUUGACGUUUAGUUGUUUGGGAUGGGUGAGUCUAAAGCGUUCCUAGUUGACUUCUUGGCUGGCGGUAUAUCAGCGGCUAUUUCCAAGACUGUUGUUGCACCUAUAGAACGGGUUAAAUUAUUACUCCAAGUGCAACACACUUCGACACAGAUUCCUGAAGACAAACGAUACAAAGGUAUGAUCGAUACCUUUGUACGAAUACCAAAAGAAACUGGAUUUCUGAGCUUCUGGAGGGGCAACCUAGCUAACGUUAUACGAUACUUUCCAACACAAGCCUUGAAUUUUGCUUUCAAGGAUAAAUACAAAGCACUGUUUCUUGAUGGCAUUCCAAAGGAUGCAUUUUGGAGACAGUUUGCUGGAAAUUUGGCAAGUGGCGGCGCUGCUGGGGCAACUUCCCUGUUGUUUGUCUAUCCUCUUGACUUUGCAAGGACAAGAUUAGCAGCUGAUGUUGGCAAAGGAUCACAGAGACAAUUUAAUGGAAUGAUGGAUUGCAUGAUAAAAAUUUUUAAAAGUGAUGGCCCAAUUGGUCUGUAUCGAGGGUUCAAUGUUAGUGUUCAGGGAAUUAUAAUGUAUCGCGCCUCCUACUUUGGAUUUUACGAUAGUGCUCGGUCAAUGCUGCCUGACCCAAAGAGCACCCCACUUUACAUCAACUUCUGCAUAGCGGAAACAGUGACAACAAUAGCCGGUCUCAUUUCAUAUCCUUUUGACACUGUACGCAGAAGAAUGAUGAUGCAGUCAGGUCGAAGUAAAUCAGAUGUGAUGUAUAAAAACACAUUAGAUUGCUGGGCUAAGGUAUUUCAGAAGGAGGGAUCUGGAGCAUUUUUUAAAGGUGCAUUCUCCAACAUUCUCAGAGGAACUGGUGGCGCUCUCGUUUUGACUCUUUAUGAUGUUGUGAAGCAAGGUAUCGAAAAUGCAAUAUCAUGAUUAUUCAUAAAGUAAGGAUCUUGUAACAUUUACGUGAUGAAAAUGGAAAAAUUCAACACA